AUGGCGGAAAAUUUAGAUUUCUAAGAGAUUGAGGACGACUUUGACAAGGAAAAAGUCGAUAUAGAUUUGAACAAUGGGAACGAUCACGAAAAUAAUAUUAAUGACACUAAAUCAAGGGGUAUAACUGGGGGCUAACCAAAGAAACCAAGUUCUGGCUUUCAGCUAUUUAUUGCAAGUCUCAAGAGUGACACUUCUUUCAAGGAGUCUCUUGGACCUAAUAGUAGAUAAUUCCUGUAGGAGGCAUCAAAGAGGUGGAAUGAAAUAGAUUUAGAGUUGAAACAGACCUAUCUAGACAGGGCUUAAUAAUAGAAAGAGCAGUAUUAAUAGUGGAAAGAGUAGCAUAAGGAAUUAAGAAGUAAAAGCAGAAACAAUCUUGAUGGUGAAGAUGAAAUCGACUACAUUGACAAUGAAAAUGAUGAGGAAGCCUAAUCGAUGAGAAAGAUGUUUGUCCAAGAUCUAGGGGGUGUUUGCGGAUAAAUUGCAAAAAUGCAAAAAAGAAAAACAAUCUUUAACUCAGAUAUUAUUAGUGCCGCCAGUAACAUAGACAAGUUCCACUUCAUCAAAGAUAGUAAGUUGCCAGCUUUGAACCCUAAGAAGCAAGAGGAAAAAGAAAUGCUUAAAGAGAUAUCUGAAAUAGUUGAGAAUGAAUAAAUAAGUGAAGAUCAAUAACUCAAAUCUGGCCAAUAGAAUUAGGAUAUGGAAGAAGUGUUCCAAAUAGAGACAUGA